AUGGCGAACGGGGUUCGAGAACCUGGUGGAGAGAGAGAGAGAGAGAGUCCUGCAAGUGCGAUCUUUGCCCGUAUCACCACAAACUGCUUCAAAUUCGUACUCCAGUCCUUGAGAUUCCUGUCUCGCCGCCAAGUGGAAAUGAGAGAUCAGCCAGAUCCUUGGCCCCAAAGUGCUACGGGGGGUUGUACGCUUGUGCGGAAAGCUGGACCUCUGGAGGUUUUGACGCACCUCCUCCACGAUCUUGGAGUCGAGUCAAAUGUGCUGGUAGCGUGCGAGUAUUCCCAUGGCACCAAAAGUCUAUCACCAGCCCAAUUGUUUCGGAUUCUGGAAAAAGUGAUCACGGAGAUUCCUGAGCUCGCAGUCAUUCUUACUAGCCAACCGUCCAACAAUAAAAGGGGAAACCACCAGACCUGGGAAGCCCGGCUCCCGUUCAUUCGCUUUCAUGACUGUGUCGAAUUCGUGGAAGACCUUACAGAGGAUAGAGAUAUCGCUCUUGCUCGGGUCAUAGAGAGCAGUCAUAAUCGUUGGUUCGACACCACGGAUACCACGAAGCCAUGGUGGAGGCUUCUCAUCCUGAAUAGUCGAUAUGUAGUGUUUGUCUUUCAUCACUCGAUAGGCGAUGGAAUGUCCGGGUAUGCGUUCCACAGGAGUUUCCUUGCAGCUUUGAACGCCGACUCUCCCGAUACACACGAGGAUGCAGCGGCAGCAGAAUUUGAGGGGAAAGUGUUCCAAGUCCACGAACCGAAUCACCCGCCUGUACCUCUUGCUAUUGAAUCCAUUGACCUGAAGCUCUCAUAUUUUCGCAUCAUAUGCACUUUUCUGAAAUGGCAGAUCAUUCGCAUGCUUUACCGGCCCAAGCAUUUUCUGUUUUCGGACGCGGUAGUCGACAAGACGUAUCCAACAUAUACAAAGCGGUUUCCCGUCGAGAAGCGCACCCGUUCUCGAGUUGAGACUCUCAGGAUUAACAAGGAUACAAUGAGCAAGUGUCUCACCAGCUGUCGAAAACACAAGACUAGCUUCACGGCCCUUUUUCAAACCAUCGUUUCUGCCACUUUGGCUGCAGACGUUUAUCCUAACGCCAAAAUCGGGCUCAGCAGAAUGGCUGUCAAUAUCCGACCCUUCAUGACAUCUGAUCCAGGCCUCGACGUUUUCACAAACGCAUCAGCAACAUAUUACUGCACGCACCGCCUGGUUAAAUACCGCGCUGCAGCUCACGAUAACGCUGCUCUGUGGAAACUAGCAACGGAUUACAAAAACCACAUGCAAAAUUCCAUCUACAAAACCGGGGCGGUCCUCCAGGGAUUCUUGACUUGCACUUUGCUCGGAGACGAUGACGAAGACGUUGGUGCUUUCUCUGGCCUAAGGCUGUAUCUGCACAAUUCUUUCCUCAUCUCGAAUAUCGGGGUAUUCAAACCCAAGGAUGGGAUGGAGGACGGAGGGUGGGUCGUUACCGAUGUAGCGUUUUGCGCUGCUGCUUUAAGGGCGUCGAUGGGUGAUUACGGGAUGGCUUUCAUGAUUGCGAGUGCAAAGAAUGGGGAUUGUAUUGUUACAGCGACUUGGGAAGACGGGGUGUUGAAGGACGAGAUGGCUCUUGCUUUCGAAUUCCUGAACUACCCAUGUAUACCAAUUUCCAUUUGCCCUUCGAGCUGCGAGCCUAGAGAAGCGUUCUUCGUCUUUCAACGUCUCGCUUUCAACGACGCCGGAAUUAAUCCUGCAGCCGGCUGCUUCAUCCGCUUCGAAACUUUGCCUCCUCCUUAUUACUGCAAUGUGUUCCUCGAUCAGCUGCUGAAGAAAGGCAUCGAAAGCCAUCCACGGUCUGACUGCAUUGGCGGUCUUGUCCCAAUUGCGGACCGCUACAUUAGCAUUACUCAGCCUUGCUGGUGGUGCCGGCAUCGUGGACCUGGUCUCAGAAGCCUGAUUCGCUUCCUUUGUCCAGUGUCAACUGGAGGUGGCAUGUUGGCUGACGGCAAAGAGCUGCUUCCCGCUGGACCCUGGUUUCAGACAGCUCCGUGGAUGCUGGAAGCGAGAUGGAUGAUCAUAUCAUACUCUGUAUUUCUUUACGCGCUCAUGUGGUAUAAUGCAGAAUUAAAUAUGGCGGAGCUGUCUUUCAUUGACCGGAUCAUCAUCGAGCUCUUCAAAGGCGUCAACAAGUUUGUCGAGUGGCAUAGGCUUCCAAGAUACAUCGGCGUGUUCAACCUCCUGGCCUUCCGCCUUGAACUGGACCACGAUAACCUGUACGAUGUGUAUCCAGAUGCUAGUGCUCAAGGAACUGAAGCUAGCUGUCUGAUGAAGGAUCCUCGAUUCUUGAAGGCCAGAAAUUCAGAUGGGAAGUUCAAUUCACUGAAACAACCGUUGAUGGGGUGUUCUGGUAUGCGAUUCGGGAGGAACGUUCCAAGAGACGAUACGAACAAGCCGAGCGAUGAGGAGCUCAUGAGUCCAAGCCCCAGACUGGUAAGCGAGCAGCUGCUUGCGAGAACUAAAUUCAAGCCAGCUACUAUUGUCAAUCUUUUGGCAGCUGCAUGGAUCCAGUUUCAAGUCCACGACUGGUUCCAACAUGACGUGAAUGAGCCUAGAAACAACGAAGUGGAAAUCCCUCUGCCACCGAAUGACACAUGGCCAUCUGGACACAUGAAAAUUCCCCGUUCGAAGCCGGAUAAGACCCUUUCAAAGACCGAUACUUCAUCUCCGGCCUACAUUAACGUGAACUCGAGCUGGUGGGAUGCUAGCCAGAUCUACGGGUCCAACGAAGCAACUACUACCUCUCUCCGUGACAACGCACCCAAUGGCAAGCUCUUCUUGAGGAAGAAAGGCUUUGUCGACUUCUUACCAAGAGAUGAGAACGACCUACCAAAGACUGGCUUUAACACCAACUGGUGGCUCGGGCUGGAACUCAUGCACACUCUUUUCGCUUUAGAGCAUAACGCCAUCUGUGACAUGUUACUUGCGAAACAUCCAGACUGGUGCAGCGACCAGUUAUUCGACACCGCCCGUACCAUCAACAGUGCCUUGAUGGCCAAGAUUCACACUGUGGAAUGGACUCCAGCGAUUCUCAACCACCCAACCAUCGACAUAGCCUUGCACGCAAAUUGGUGGGGUCUGAUCGGAGAAAAGCUUAAUAAACUUGUUGGUCGAGUCGUGAAGAAUGACAUUAUAUUUGGCAUCCCCGGCUCAGGAGUCGAUCAACAUAACGUCCCGUUCUCCCUUACCGAAGAGUUCGUCUCCGUGUAUCGUCUGCACCCUCUGAUACCCGACAACGUAGCAUUCUUCUCUACCUCGACCGGCUCCCACACCAAAACGAUCCCUAUCGCCGACCUUGCCUUCCAAAAGGCCCAAAACGCAAUUGAUCCACAAACCUCCUUCGGCGACGCCUUCUACUCCUUCGGUAUCAACUACCCUGGCGCCAUAACGCACCACAACACCCCCAACUUCCUCCGCAAUCUCAAAUCCCCUGACGGUCUCCUCCGCGACCUCGGAACGCUGGAUAUCAUGCGCGACAGAGAGCGCGGCGUGCCACGCUACAUGGCCUUCCGCCGCCUCGUACACAUGCGCGUUCCCAAAUCCUUCCUCGAGCUCACCGGUCAAGACGCUGCCCUCGCUGAAGAGCUAUCCACGAUCUACGCCGGCGACCUUGAAAGGGUCGACUUGAUGGCCGGCAUGUUCUGCGAGCCGCUGCCCGAGGGAUUUGGGUUCAGCGAUACGGCGUUUCGGAUCUUCAUCUUGAUGGCCAGUAGGCGGAUCAAGAGCGAUAGGUUCCUGGCGGGGGAUGCGUGGAGCGAGAAGGUGUAUACGAAGGAAGGGAUGGAGUGGGUUGCUGACCAGACCAUGGGGAGCGUAUUGAAGAGGCACUUCCCGGAGUUGGCAAAGCCGUUGGAGGGGAAGGAUAAUGCGUUUAGGCCAUGGAAUAAGGUGGGAGAGAGCGGCAAUUACAAGGGCGAGGAGACGAAUGCGUGA